CCACACGGAGACGGAUUUGGGCAACCCCAGGAUGGGGGGUUGAAGUAGUGACAUUUGUGAAGUCUAUCCAACCUAGAUUGAAGGAGAAUAGGCUUGACUGGUGAUUGGCUUUCCUUUGGCGAUGACGCUAUCUGAUGGGCUGCUCUCACCUUUGCCCCGCCCCUUAUCCUGUCUCGUGCUUCCGGUCUGCCUGAUCGAUGAUUGGCCGAAGCAGUGGAGGCUGGAAACGGAUUGGCUGCGCUCAGCGGCGAGGCCGCAGAGAGCUGUGGGCUCAAGAUGGCGGGCGCCGAAGGAGGCCCGGGCGACGGUGAGCUGUGGCAGACCUGGCUGCCCAACCACGCCGUGUUCUUGCGGCUCCGAGAGGGACUGAAAAACCAGAGCUCAGCCGAAACUAAGAAGCCGGCUUCAUCAUUGCCUUCGUCGCCGCCGCUGCCUCCUCAGUUGUUGACGAGAAACCUGGUCUUAGGCCUAGGCGGAGAACUCUUUCUGUGGGACCCAGAAGACAGCUCCUUCCUAGUCGUGCGCCUUCGGGGCCCCAGCGGCGUUGGUGAGGAGCCUUCCCUCUCCCAGUACCAGAGAUUGCUUUGCAUAAAUCCACCCCUGUUUGAAAUCUAUCAAGUCUUGUUAAGCCCAACACAACAUCAUGUAGCACUUAUAGGAAUAAAAGGUCUUAUGAUAUUAGAAUUACCUAAAAGAUGGGGAAAGAAUUCUGAAUUUGAAGGUGGAAAAUCAACAGUGAAUUGUAGUACCACUCCCGUUGCUGAGAGAUUUUUCACCAGUUCAACCUCUCUAACUCUGAAGCAUGCUGCCUGGUAUCCGAGCGAGAUGCUAGAUCCCCACAUAGUGCUGUUAACGUCAGAUAAUGUCAUAAGAAUUUACUCUUUGCGUGAACCCCAGACACCAACUAAGGUCAUUGUACUUUCAGAAGCAGAAGAGGAAAGCCUAAUACUCAACAAAGGAAGGGCCUACACUGCAUCUCUGGGAGAGACAGCAGUUGCAUUUGACUUUGGGCCAUUGUCAGCAGUCCCGAAGCACAUAUUUGGACAAAAAGGCAAAGAAGAAGUAGCAGCUUACCCUCUGUACAUCUUAUAUGAGAAUGGGGAGACUUUUCUUACAUACAUUAGUCUGUUGCAAAGCCCUGGGAGUGUGGGCAAGCUUUUGGGCCCGUUGCCCAUGCAUCCUGCUGCAGAAGAUAACUAUGGCUAUGAUGCUUGUGCUGUGCUCUGCUUACCGUGUGUCCCUAACAUCCUGGUGAUUGCUACCGAGUCAGGAAUGCUCUAUCACUGUGUUGUGCUGGAGGGGGAAGAAGAAGAUGACCAAACAUCAGAAAAGUCCUGGGAUUGCAGGGCUGACCUCGUCCCGUCUCUGUAUGUGUUUGAGUGUGUUGAGUUGGAGCUCGCCCUGAGACUGGCAUCUGGAGAGGAUGAGCCCUUUGAUUCUGACUUUUCUUGUCCAAUCAAACUUCACAGAGAUCCCAAGUGUCCUUCAAGAUACCACUGUACUCAUGAAGCUGGUGUACAUAGUGUUGGGCUAACUUGGAUUCAUAAACUUCACAAGUUUCUUGGGUCAGAUGAAGAAGAUAAGGACAGUUUACAGGAACUGGCUACAGAACAGAAAUGCUUUGUAGAACACAUUCUUUGUACAAAGCCACUGCCAUGCAGGCAGCCGGCUCCAAUUCGAGGAUUCUGGAUUGUCCCUGACAUCCUGGGGCCAACAAUGAUCUGCAUCACCAGUACCUACGAAUGCCUCGUCAGGCCUUUACUAAGCACAGUCCAUCCAGCAUCUCCUCCCCUGCUUUGUACCCGAGAGGAUGUUGAAGUGGCAGAGUCUCCCCUUCGUAUUCUGGCUGAAACCCCGGAUUCCUUUGAAAAGCAUAUUAGAAGCAUUUUGCAACGUAGUGUUGCAAAUCCAGCAUUUUUGAAAUCAUCUGAAAAAGAUAUGGCUCCUCCUCCUGAAGAAUGUCUUCAGCUCAUCAGCAGAGCCACCCAGGUGUUCAGAGAACAGUACAUUCUAAAACAGGACCUGGCGAAGGAGGAGAUUCAGCGGAGGGUCAAAUUGUUAUGUGACCAAAAAAAGAAACAAUUAGAAGAUCUCAAUUACUGUAGAGAGGAGAGGAAAAGUCUACGGGAAAUGGCUGAGCGCUUAGCUGACAAAUACGAGGAAGCCAAGGAAAAACAAGAAGACAUCAUGAACAGGAUGAAAAAAGUACUUCACAGUUUUCACUCUCAGCUCCCAGUUCUCUCUGACAGUGAGAGAGACAUGAAGAAAGAAUUACAGCUGAUACCUGAUCAACUUAGACAUUUGGGCAAUGCCAUCAAACAGGUUACUAUGAAAAAAGACUAUCAACAACGAAAGAUGGAAAAGGUACUGAGUCCUCAAAAGCCCACCAUUACUCUCAGCGCCUACCAGCGAAAAUGCAUUCAGUCCAUCCUGAAGGAGGAGGGUGAGCACAUAAGAGAAAUGGUGAAGCAAAUUAACGACAUCCGAAAUCAUGUUAACUUCUGAACCACCAAGAACAGACUCGCAUCUGAAGUUAACACAUGUGAAGGCUUAAUCUCAUUGCAAAAUGAACAAGUAGCACUAAUUUAUAAAGAAGCAGGUGCCUUGUUAGCAUAUCAGUCUCAUAAUUUAUAAAGAGGCAUUCUGGAUGAACUUUGGUGUGAUUGUACAUCACUUUUUAUACUGUUUUAUAAUUAAUUGAAUAAAUGCUUGUAUUUAAUUUAAAAAAAA